CGAAAACAAGAACGUCGAAACUCUGUUACGACGACCGUCGGGAAGUGAAUUCGCGGAGGCGGCGGACGAAGUAGCAAGAAUUCGGCUAGACCGACAACAAGCUGCAGGGGCGGAAGCCACGACGGCCACAAGUCAGACGAGGCCCGAACUGGAGAACACGACGAUCAUAUCAGAGGCGCACGGGAAGUCAUGCGGCGGAGAGUCACUAAGACUAUGUGUCAAGGUCAACGUCAAGCUCAAGCACGGCGAUUGCUAUAACGAAGCACGCGGCCGAACUAGUAGUCCUUGUAGAGUACUACAAGAAGAAGAUAGUAAUCCUCAAAAUACAGCUCCUGGAGGAGCUAAUAGGUGUGCUGACAAGGAACAACAUCAUCAGGAGCAACGCGAGCAUGAGAAGAACAUGUCGCUGCGAAAAACUAUACUUGGCAGAACUACAAGUACAACGGGAAGUGGUGCCGAAAGCAGCCGGGUGG